CUGAUCCGCAGAACGCCGGUGGACGUCUACGCGAAUAUCACGACGAUGACUGAGUAUGCUACUUUUCGCCCAUCGACAACGAUCGCGCUCGUUCUCGACUAAUGACCUAAAUGCAUGAAAAAGUGAAUCGCAUCAAAGUUAGAAAUUUGAAUCUAACGAAAUUUCGUGACGGUGACAACGAUUGCGAGAGAACAACUAUUUACAAAAUGUGAAAAUGCAAAUUAAUGUGCUUGACGAUAGUGAAAAAUUUAUGCAAAAACCAAGAACAUGCAUUUCUCCAAACGUAUUUCACAAAAUAACAGCGUAAAAAUUGUCUUCUGCUUCGCAUCUUCGUUUUUCUACUAUUUCCAACUAAGGAUGUCUUUUUAAUCGAUUGUCUCGUCUUCAUAAUUUCGUCAUCAUGGACAUACGAAGAAUGUCGAAUUGGAAUGUCUUGAGCGUGGAGGCUGCGAUGCAACAACUCAACGCCUUCGAAGGAGAUGAUCCUGAAAAGAGAAUAAGGCGUCCCAAUACGACAAUAGAAAAGCUACCGGACAAAGUUCUUCUGAACGUUUUUUGCUAUUUAUCGCAUCGCGAAAUAUGUAGAGUUGCUCGAGUUUGCAAACGUUGGCGACAAAUUGCGUAUGACACGCGUCUCUGGCAGCACGUGUCUCUAAGACCAGAAAUAAGCGGGCUUCACGUGAGCUCUCUGGAAAACCUGCUACACUUAAUCAGCGUACGUUUUGGACCUUCAUUGAGAUAUAUCGAAUUACCAAUAGAAUUGAUUACACACACUGUUCUUCAUGAAUUAGCUAAUAAGUGUCCUAAUCUAACGCACAUGUUAUUGGAUUUUUCAACUGCUAUGCAACUGCACGAUUUCUCGGAAAUGCAAGCGUUUCCUACGAAGUUGAAAUAUAUGUGUAUUUGUCUUUCGGAAGUGAUUUUUAUGGAAGGCUUUAUGCGAAAAAUUUACAAUUUCAUUAAUGGAUUGGAGAUUCUGCAUUUAAUUGGAACAUACGAAAAAGUCGAAGAAGAGGAAGAGGAAAUUUACGAGGUAAUUAAUGUUCACAAACUCAAAUCUGCGACGCCGAAUUUAAGGGUUAUCAAUUUAUACGGUAUCAACUUCGUGGAUGAUUCGCAUAUCGACGCUUUCUCCUCAAAUUGUAUCCAACUAGAAUGCUUAGCCGUGAAUUUCUGUGCCAAAGUGACUGGUUCCACUAUGAAGACUCUCUUUCAAAGGAGUAGAAGACUGACAUGUCUUCUUAUGCAAGGAACAAAUCUCCAGAGUGAGUACGUUAUGCAAGUUGAGUGGGAAAAAUCAAGCAUUCAGGAACUCGACAUUACCGCUACUGAUCUAUCUACGGAAUGCUUGAUCGAUAUGCUGACCAGGAUUCCUGGCCUUCGCUUCUUGAGUGCUGGUCAACUGAAUGGUUUCAAUGACAAUGUAAUAAAAGCGUGGACAGAGGUUGGAAAUCCACGAAACUUAAUAGCGCUGGAUCUGGAUAGCUCCGAUAAUCUGAGCGAUGACGCUUUGCAUAAGUUCCUAUCAAGGCACGGUCAUCAGCUGUAUGGCCUUGCAUUAUCAGGCAUGCCGCAUAUUACCGAUCAGCUGUGGCAAAAUGUACUACCGAUUCUCACUAAUGCAAAAAUACUUGUAAUGGGCACUCAAGAAAGAUUAGGUGUCAACGUUCACGUGGAUCAGCUGAUGGAUGGAAUUGCCAAUAAUUGCCUUAAUUUAGAGCGUUUAGAGUUACGCUGGGAUCCGGAAAAUUUGCGAUUUUCCGAUAAAAGUCAAAAAGCUAUUGAUAUUUUACGUGUCAAAUGCAUUAAAUUGAGAUGUUUAAGUUUAAGCGAUGGGAGAUACUAUGAAAUCGUCAAAGCAAAUUUCGAGCGAGCCGACAGAAUUACCGUCGUUAGAACAACUACUUGCUGCAGAGUAUCAAACUAUUAUCUUUUGCAAAAUUAUAAGGAUUUAAUUUUUAAUUGACGCGCUUUGAAUAUUAGCGAUAGAUUCUUAAAUCGAGUUUUAUCGCGUUCCUACUGAUGAAUUUAGACAAACAGUACCUAAUAUAAAGCUAUCUGAUAUUUCUUUGUAUACAGUAAUGUAAUCACAUCAAUAAUAUUAACGCGAUAAGAAAAUAAAAUUAAUAAGAGAAGAUAAAGAAGGAAAAUGAAGAAGAUGAAGA